CUCCCAAUCACUUCUGCUGUGGCUCUACAUGCAGGGUUCUGUUAAUUAAGAAAUAUGUUCAACUUUGAAUAGCAUAUAAAUAGUCUAGUGAUAGAAAUCAACAUUUUCUACCAAUUCUACAGCUAAUACUCCAGCAAAUACAUUCCACAACCCUGCCAUUCUGCUAGGCCUAAGGUCUACCAAGAGGGCACUAUGUUGUGGUAUGCCUGUGUUAUGGUUAAACCUGAUGUGGAAGUCCUCAUUUACUUCAUGUAAGGGUAAUGCAACUUUGUUAGAGAUAAAAAAAAAAACUUGUUUGGUUUGACGGGCUACAUAUUCUUAUGUUGUUGCUAAAAUUGAACGAAAAAAUAAAACGAAUUCAUAUUCAGUGGACCAUAUCCUUAAAAAAUAGAUAAACAAAAAAUGUGUAGACCUACAUUGGUCUAGAUAUUCACCAUAUUUACUUGUGUAAAUGACAAAGUGGAUCACAUUAUUUACUACAGGGGAUCAGAGUUUCAAAUAAUUCUAGUUUGUUUCACUUUGAAAGCCCUGGGACACGCACCGCACCUCGUGUGGCGCGCAGUAAGCCUCUUACAUCUAUCAACACACCAAAUGCAUAGGAUGCCAAUCAAGAGACCGUGGGGCGUGGAGAAAUGUAAAGGCAGUCUUGCGUUUACAGUAUGCUGCACGAGUUCAGCUGUAGUUUACCUGAAUUAUUAUUUCUCUACAUUUCUAGGACUUACUGACAGAAACGGACAGUCAGGUGCGUGCUGGUUCGAUUCACUUUGGGAAGUGAACCAACAUAUGGGAUUUCAAGGUGCAGAGAUCCAGACGGCUCUGGCUUUAUUGAAGCGUUAUUCCUCGUGAAUUAGGCCAGUUAUUCAACGGCACAAUGCUUCCACAAGAUAUAGGAGUGCAGAAACCCCGUCGGAUCUCGGAUCCGGCUCCACCCGUACCACCACGGCGGGGCAAGAGCAGAGACUUUAAUCUUUCAAAGCGCUGGCGGUCGGGCUCCGUACCUGAGCGCAAGGUGAACUGCGUCCUCGUCGGAGAUGGAGCAGUGGGGAAGACAAGUCUUAUCGUCAGCUACACCACAAAUGGUCAUCCGACAGAAUACAUUCCAACAGCUUUCGAUAACUUUGCAGCUAUGGUUGUGGUGGACGGAAAACCUGUGAGACUGCAACUCUGUGAUAUGGCUGGCCAGAAAUGGGGGAUGGAGGAUGACACUAUUAAUGACGAGCUGGACCGGAUCCGCCCUCUAUGCUACCACAAUGCCGACGUCUUCCUGCUCUGCUACAGCGUGGUGCGCCCCUCCUCCUUCCGCAACGCCACCGACCGCUGGGCGCCCGAGAUCCGCCGUCACUGCCCCGGGGCACCCAUGGUCCUGGUGGGGACCCAGCUGGACCUGAGGGAAGACGUCCAGGUGCUGGUCCAGCUGGCCAGGAAUGAGGAGCGGCCCGUGGGCACCGAGGAGGCCCAGCAGCUGGCGCAGGAUAUCGGGGCCGUGUCCUUCGUAGAGUGCUCGGGUCUGACCCAGAAGAACCUGAAGGAGGUGUUUGACCAGGCCAUCUUGGCCAGCAUCCAGCCGGUGGAGAACGUUCAGCAGCUGCAGCACAGGCAGAGCCUGAGGAAGAAGACUCCGGAUAAGAUUAAGAGUCUCUCUGAGACUUGCUGGAAGAAGCUGAGCUGUGUUGUUGUGGCAGGAGAGUGUGUGGGAGGAGAGUUUGACUGAACGCCCAAGCAGCUGUUUAGGAUUUGACAUUUUUCUAAGCUUGUGUUUAGUCUUUAGUUUUUUUCACUCCAUAUAUAAUAUCACUCAGGAAAACAGACCGGGAUCAAUAAUAUGUGGGAAAAAAUGUAAAUGUAUUAUCCAAAGAUUUAUGGAAUUAUUUAAUAUCUAAAAAGGAGAAGCACUAGAAAUAAUUAUCAUUGCUGGCAAGAUAAUGAAUGAGUUUCAGCGUCAGUGAUACCUUAUGUUAACUACAGGUAGGACAAGGUUUUGUGUUCCAAGGCCUUGACGAGGGCACAACAAGUCUGAAUUAAGUGAUUGGAUAGCUGGGGAGACUACUAAUGAAAUGACUGACUUCACAAUGAUCUCUGUGUUUUUUCUGUGUAACCCCCAUCAAGGGUCAAAGGUCACCAUUGGAGAAUGUUGUGGAGGAUUACGAGAAGCCAGCCAGUAGAAACUCUAACGCCAAACCAUAAACUUACUUUGUGUCUGCCAUUUUGACAAAGUCUCUCAAUGUUAUUUACUAACCUAUAUCAGCUCAUGUACAAUGACUGCUCUUUCAAGUUCAAGUAGUCUUAAACACUGUUCUUGUAUCAGUUGUUGACAUUGCUGGACAUCCCAACCAAACACAGCUAAAGGAUACUGUAGUUUCCCAGUCAGAUUGACUUUAAUCUGACUCUAAUCUGAAGAUCAGUUGGUAUGGCUUUCUCCCCUAAUCCCUGGUCAGGUCUGUCGUGGUGAUGAAUCGUAGUGGUUCUCCGGUGGAGGCCGUACACAGCUUUCUAAUAGGACGAGACAGGACCACCUGGGUUGGAUUAGCUGGGCAUAUGGUGGCUGACCCAGUCGCCUGAAUCCAUCUCACCUUAGCCCUGCUCUGAUGUCAACCAAGACUGUCUGCCUAGGAAGACGAAGCAAGACUCAGACCCUGUCACCCUGCUGCUGGAGCUUUACCAUAAAGAGAACAGAGAUCACUGGGGGAUGGGGUUCAUAUCACUAGAGAUGCAUUUCAAAGAAGCGAGAGAAGUUAUUUAUUAUUGUUAAUUGGCAAAUACUAUCUGCAAGUAGAGAUAUUUCUGAAGCACAUAAAGAAUUUUAAGGAUUUAAAAUAAAGUCUGAUAUUGAUAGAAAACAUGAACGCUUUUACUGAUUAUUGAUAUAAAGUUAAUGAUAAGAACACUGAUUUUGUCUGACCCUAGUGAUUGCUAUCUUCUUUUUGGUUAUAAAUGAAAUGUUUAUUUGCAAUAUAUUUCAUAAUUAAUGCCUCCC